GAAGCCAAACCACAUGGUAAAUCCUCCACCGUUCGAUGAUGCAAAACCCAACGUGCUGAUUACAUUGCGCAUUCAUUUUCUAAAUUUCAUAUUCUAUAAUAACGGUGUCACUUCAACCCUCUGGCCACAAAAAUCACUAACACUAUUGGCCUUGAUAAAAGAGUAAACAUGAACCAUAGCGGUGUGAUCUGAAGCAACUUCACUGCACACCAUAAGGGAUUCAACCAUCUACUCCUAUUCUUCACUCUCUCUGUGUAGUUACUCUGUUGAUUCAACAUAUCUGCUUCAACAGGUCCUGAUGCUCUGCUUUUUUCUUUUCUCUUUUUGGCAGGGGAAGUAACAAUCACUUCAUAAUGGAAAUAAGUAUUGCAAGGCCUCAUCUUGAAACACGGGGAGUAUUCUUUUCAAAUAUUUCAAGAACAAUAGCAUGGGAAAGCUCUAAGAAACCUCCAUGUACUGUGGCUGCCUUAAGUUCUACACAGGACUUUCACAGACUGGCCUCUUCCUGUCAAGCUUUUACUUCGGUGUAUCCUAAAAGGCAUUUAAUCUGUAGACCAAACUCUAUGCCGAUUAGUUUACAGGAAUCUGCAUCCUACGGAGAUAAUUCGCUUGAAGGUGAGAAUCCAUCUAUAGACUCAGAAGAGGAGACUUUGGCACAACCACCUACCCGUGAACAGAUAAUGGCACUGCUUACUGACGCACAGAGAGAACAACUCAUUAAGAAGCUUAGUGAAGCCAACCAGCAAAAUCGGUUUCUAAAAAGACAGUUGAAAGUAAAGGAGGAUGCAUUGGUAAAAUUCAAAAGUGAACUUGGAGUCAUGGAGCUUGAAAUUCAGGCUUUAGCUGGACUAGCAGAAGAAAUAGCUCAAUGCGGUAUUCCAGAAGGUUCAAGGAAGAUCAAUGGAAAGUACAUUCAUUCUCACCUUGUUACUAGAUUAGAAGAAUAUACUAAUAAAACCUCACAGCAUUGUGUUGUCAACUUGGCUUCUUUUGUGUCCUUAUCGAUGCAAAUGCCUUGUUUUGCCUACAUAGCUGUACAUGAAAAACUGAAGGAACAAAUAAAGGAUGUCGAUGCGGCACAAUCAAAGGAGGUUUCCGUGUUUUGGAUUGGCAUGGCUGAGAGCGUGCAAGUUAUGGGAACCUUUGAUGGCUGGAGCCAAGGAGAGCAUCUUUCACCAGAAUAUAAUGGUUCUUACACAAAGUUUUCAACAACAAUGUUGCUCAGGCCAGGAAGGUAUGAAAUCAAAUUCUUAGUAGAUGGUGAAUGGCAGCUGUCCCCAGAAUUCCCCAUUAUUGGUGAAGGGUUGACAAAAAAUAAUUUGUUAGUUGUUGAGUAAUGAUCCAUAUUUUCAUUUAUAGUAAUAGAAUACGCAUAAACUGGAGUGUUAUUUUGUCUAAGUUAUUUAAAUUUUCGUUGUUAUAAAUACCCACCAACACUUCACUUUCCUUAUAUUAAAUUUUAACUAAUUUUAAAAUUUUAAGUUGCAAUUCUAAC